AUGGCAAUUCGGAAGCAAUCGCUCCUUGAUUAUCCAGUCCUCCGGGACAUGGUCUCGAAAGGCACAAUCACACCCGCCUAUCUAGAAUGGCUCAAGAUUGGUGCAGCAUUCGAGACGGCGAAGCGGAGGCACACCAGGAGUUCGUACAACCCAACGCAGCCGACACGCGAGUGCAAGGCCAGGGUCUUUGCUAAUCCAAUGUUCCAGCGGCGGUGCCGGAAGCUGACAUGGGAGUUCUUAUUCCUGCUUGGAUACGACUUGCCGACCGUCGACGAAAUCGGUGACCAAGGCUGGCCACAAGACGAGCUCGACAAGAUCUGGGAUGAGCUGGGCUGCUUUGCUAAUUUCUGGGAUACAUCUACGGGGACGUUUUGCAAGCUGGUCACCAUGGAAAAUAUGUACGACCACAAGGACUAUGUCGUCAACACCCGGCCCGUGUCUCGGCAUCAGGCUUCAUGCGGGACAUCGUUCUUGAUCGAGUCUGGUCUCUGUGGGCAGUCCAAGGACGACAAGCAGCAUGUCUACAGCGUCAUUGUCUUCUGGCGGGAGGUCAUAUGGGUUGGCUCCGGGUACGCUACUCCCGAGAACCUGGCCAAGUUCGCCGUUAAGGGAAGCACUUGGUCACAUCUCUGCGGGAACGCAUAUUGUGUGAAUCCGCGCGGUUUCGUCCACGAGAGCCAGGGGGGCAACAACGGCCGCAAUUCAUGCCUUGAAUAUGGGGCUAAGAAUUGCAAGCACUCACCAUGCUGCAAUCUCGCGGCCAACGAGAAGGGCCGUAGAAUCACAUCGUGGAUUCGACGGCGGACUGUCGUGCCCGGAUCAAGCAUGCGAAGUCGACGGACUCUUUCGAGGAGCGGCGUUGCAGUGCGUGCGGCGAUGAGAUCGAGGGCACUCGCCUGGCUUUCAUCGAGCAUGUCAGGACUCAUCUUGACAUCGGCUUGGGUUUGA